GGAAAUGGCGGAGUAUCUGGCUUCCAUCUUCGGCACUGGGAAAGACAAAGUCAGCUGUUCAUUUUAUUUCAGAAUUGGAGCAUGUUGUCAUGGAGACAGGUGCUCUCGGUUGCACAAUAAACCGACGUUUAGCCAGACCAUUGCCCUCUUGAACAUUUACGGUAACCCUCAAAACUCUUCCCUGUCUGCUGAUGGUUUGCGCUGUGCCAUGAGCGAUGUUGAGAUACAGGAACACUAUGAUGAAUUUUUUGAGGAGUUGUUUUCAGAAAUGGAGGAGAAGUAUGGGGAAGUUGAAGAGAUGAACGUCUGUGACAACCAGGGAGACCACCUGGUGGGGAACGUGUAGAACGUGUACGUCUUUCACCGUGAGGAAGAUGUGGAAAAGGCUGUGAUUGACUUGUAUAACCGUUGGUUUAACGGACAGCCAAUCCACACCGAGCUGUCGCCUGUGACCGACUUCAGAGAAGCCUGCUGCAGUCAGUAUGAGAUGGGAGAAUGCACACGAGGCGGCUUCUGCAACUUCAUGCAUUUGAAGCCCAUUUCCAGAGAGCUGAGGCGGGAGCUGUAUGGGUGCCAUCCCAAGAAGCAUAGAUCAAGAUCCCAGUCCCGGGAGUGUAGUUCUCAGUCUAGAGACCAUGGUGGUGGCGGUGGUGGAGGCGGCGGCAGGCGGGAGUGUGACAGGAGGCGGUUGAGAGAUCAUGAAAGAUCUGGGCAAUUCUGAGCCAUGCCAUUUCUACCAUAUGUCUGCUAGAAAGUGUUGUGGUUGAUUGACCAAACCAGAUCAUAAGGGGAAUUUUUUUUAAAACAACAACA